GUGGUUUUCCAUUGCAGAAAGCACUGCAACGAGGAAAACACGUAGCACACUGCAUCAACAGCACAGCCCUCAGCGGUUGACAGACGCAAUGAUGUCCGACGACCGGGCAAACGUCAUUCUGCUCACCAAGCACAAAUAUGCGGCCUCGCCGGGACCUGGUGAGUGACAAUCGGUCAUGUCAACACACAGGGACACACAAACACACGGGCGCACGAAUGCACGAGAAUCGAUUGUGCUCCAUCUUUCCCUCUCCGUGGUUGGUUGUGUGCGUGUGUUUAGGUGACUAUGAUUUGUACGCACCUGGGAUGCUGCUCAAGAAGACGGGGCCCACGAUGAGAGCACGUACGUAUGUCCAUAUGCAACCAGACGGGCAAAUAAUGCGGUCGCACAUUUGCACGUGUGCAGCGAGGGGUGAGCUCUUCCCCGAGAUGGUGGCGAGAAGGAGCUCAGCGGUGCUCGGGUAGCUAGUAUGACGCACAUUGCAUUGCAUGUAUGCAUUUAUCCCAUGACAUGUGGGGAUAUCUGCAGGCCCGACUACAAUGUGUGCGGGUCAAUGCUCAAGAAGUCCCCAUCCAAGCCGGUCGUCAGAUACGAAACCGACACCAUGCACACCACCAAAGAACGUAAGCACGUACAUCAGACCCACACACACAUCCGCCCACCCACACACACACACUCUUUUGGUGUGUAUGUCUGGUACAGUGGUGAAGCAGCAGCAGGGCGGCGUGGGCACACCGGGGCCAGGGACAUACGACCCCGUGCUGCCGCGUGUCGACCGCCGUGUGUGCCGCUCGCCAUUCAAGGGGCCCACCAGGCUUGCUACACUCGACUACCGUACAUAUGAGCCACAGAGGCACACAAAGGGAGACGGAAACGUAAGUAUGUCUGUGUCUGUUUGCGUGUCUUGGGGGCUGUGUGUAGGGCUGAAGGUGUCGCCGGCUGAUGUGUCGUUGCUGGAGUCAUCGGCCAUCGAUCCGAGACUGCUCACGCCACUGGGGCCAGAACUGAGAGACAGACGAAGAUCAAGUGAGGCUGAGAGAGCCACUGAGUGAGACACACACAUGAGCACCCGCCAUGUCCAUGUCCAUGUGCAUGCAGAGCAGGGCUCCACUUCCCUCCUCCCCUCCCCACCCCCCUCUCCCCCGCCCCUCCCCUCUCCCUCCUCCAUCGGCUUCCACAAGCUGCACAAGUCACUCCCCUCCCUGACACACUCACACAGACCUAGGCCCACAUACAGCAUGCGGCCAUCUCUCUCCCUGCCCUCCAUCGAGUCGACUGAUGCACGCAUCGUCCACUCACCGCUGGCGAGAGACUCACGGCCUGAAGGUGUGCAGAGACGGGCGCGCCUUAAAGCCUUCGUAAGGGAGAUCGGGAGAGGGGGGAGGACACUUGGGGCUGAGGAGAUUCAGCUGCUGAAAUUGAGGUUGGAGAGGGUCAGCGAGCAGCUGAAAGGUGCGUGGGGAAGAGAGUGGGCUUUUCUCUUUUUGUGUAUUUGUAUGUUGGUUGUGCUGCUUGUACAGAGGCGUCACAGGGGUUGAUGCAGCCCCUGGACGUCCCCCAUCUGCUGCAAUGCGCCACUGAGCGCCUCACUGACAAACUCAAGAGCCAUCUCAUGAUCAUCGGUACCCAACCCAAACCAGUACCACUCUAAACACCCCCCUUCACACAUUCAUGCAUACUGUCUCACUCACGAACAUGCAGGCAUCGCCCCCGGCAGCCGCAAGUGGCGGCAUGCUCUUCGCGAGGCACAGGGUGGCCGCUUUCGCCUCCCUGGCCUCCCUCCCAACACCAGGACGGUGCUCAAGCGGCAGCUGGACCUCCAAACGCCCCCACCGUCCUCACGCCUGCCCCAGCCAAAGCAAGAACAAGUCCAACCAGCACCGCCAGAGCAGCUGCAGCCGAUUCGUGUGGAUGAGGCCCUGAACAUGAUGGAUCAGUGGCUGCGUGAGAGGGAGGAGGAAGAGAGAGAGCACGAGAGGGGAAUGGAGAUGGAGGUGGACAUGGGUCGGUCGGCUCGGCAUCGGCUGAUGGCGUCGGUGGCGCCCCAGCUGCCCACUGUCGAGGAGGAACCCACACAGAUGGACGAAGAGGAGCAAGAACAAGAGCAAGUCGAGGCUGCGGCACAGCCAGAGACGCAGCAGCCCACAGAGGAACCAGCAGCAGCUGUCGUGCAGCCGAUAGGGGAGGCGGAAAGAGAGGCGGAGACACAGCCGCCACAACCAGAAACAGCAGCAGCAGAAGCACCGCCCCCCGAACCAGAAGAGCCACAAACCAUGCCCUCCGUUCCAGCAACUGCCGACGAGACACCAUUCCGUGAGCACGAGGAGGACAGCGAGUGGGGCGACAUAGAAGAGGGCGCGAAGGAGGCUGUCAGCCUGCUCCCCGAAGAGGAGAUCCCCUCACAACCCGAGGAAGAUCACGAGCUACUCACCAUCGAGCCCCGCAAGAUCAGCGUGGACGCGGCGGUGAGCGAGGAGGACAGCGAGUGGGGCGACAUCAGGGAGGGUGCCCUUGAGGCUAUCGAUGUCUCCGCCGAGAAUAGCAGUAACAAUGUGGAGGAGGCUGAAGGUUUGACCUUCGCACAGAUGGGCGAGCAAAGUGGGUGGGAGGUCGUACGACGACACUCGAUUGAGAACAAGAUACAUGAGGAAAAUGGCGGCGGUGAUGGUGGUGGUGAUGGUGGUAUGGACAUUGAGGUGAGGAGCGGUGUUUUGGGCAGUGAGGGGACGCUGCCGACACUGGGAGAGGAGGACGAUGAUUGGGAUGACAUUGUGGGCAGUAUUGAAUAAGUGAACGAUAUGCAUUAUCUCUCCUUUUCGCUGGCAUUGCACUAAAUGCUGCAUGCAGACGCAACGGCUUCCAUUUCGCUUUCUCGUGUCCAAUCGUG